CUAAGAAGUUGAACAAAGUUCAGUUCUUAACUUUGAUAUAAGCUUCCACAUUUGGAGGUUCCUGUUAAAACGUUUCUUUUUUGAAGAUGUCAUUAGGGUUAGAUUCAAGAUGAGAGAUGACUGGUACCCGCCCUAUUAGAGUAAAACACCUGAAAUGUGAUGUUUAAUUCAUUGACAAUAACUCCUGGAAAAAUCCGUGAUCACUGAAAUUUUGUAAAAAAAAUCGCAAGGAAGAAGCACUGUUUUAACGAUCCGAUGAUCUAGAGGUAGUAACGGAGUUUUAUUCAUCAAGAUACAUAAUGAACUCAGGCUAUGCAUGGAUCCUGUGUUUGGCUCUGGACAUUGCUGUCCUUGUAAACGCAGACUUCUCUUCAGACUCGUCCAAAAGAGAUGAUUUACUGGGUCUUGACUUAGGACUGGGAGGUGAUCUUUUUCAUUCAAAUUUCGGCAGUGAUCUUCUGAAGGAAAACGUGAAACAUGAUGACACACAUCUGCGAGCGGCAUUCCCUGUAAUGGAUGCCUUCAAGGAACACACGUUACUAUCGGCUGAUGAUCUGAAAGAAAAAGUCGAGAAUAGUUACGGGGAUAAAGAUGGAAUCCGCGAGGCAGUUGACGAAGCUUUGAUGAAGCUUCAUAAGAAGAAAGAAGAGGCGGCGGCUGCUGCCAAAGUUAAGCAUGCGCCACACAAGGCUCAUGUUGUAACAGCUAAAGAACUGAUAGAUGAGGUGGUUAAGCAGGAGAUUGCAAACCACAUAGACCCCAGCGCUGCCACCUCCGAAGUCCCGAAAGAUGUUAGCGAUAACGACGAGUUGAAAAGUAAACUGCAUCAAAAGCUUGAAGAAAUCACAAAGAUCGAGACGAAGUUGUUUUCUCUUAUUCGUGAUGUGAAAGGGUUUUUGUUGACAAAGAAGUCUGCAGAUGGAACGAGUAGUGAUGAUAUCGAUAACGUGUCAGUUGACAGUAUAGUUUCAAAACGAAGCGAAAUUCCAUUCAACAUCAAUCGAUUCCGUGAUAAUACAAGUUUGGUGGAGGACUUUAUCCGUGAUGCUCUUAAAGACGACUUCACUAUUGAUCACAGUGCUCUCGGUGAGACAGAGAAUGAAACAGGGGACAACAGCGACGCUAAACAAGGGGAUACCAGGGAUUUGCUGGGAAAAGAAGAGACAGAAAAGGCGUUGCUUAAAGAAGCAAUCCCUGGGGAGAUCGAAGAUAUUCCUGUGUCGAGUUUAGAGCGGGAAAUUGAUGAAAACGACUCGGUUGCUAGUGAUCAUGGGAUUACCCGUGACGCUCUUGUGGAAUCUCCGUUGUCAGAUUUGGAUUAUAAGAAAGUUACUGGCAAGAAAUCCAGGCAUUUUGUUUCGUAGAGAUGACAACGACUGCUACAUCUUCACCACAAUUUUCCACUAUCAUUAACCCUUUUACACCCCAACAUCAGUAUGCAUAUUCUCCAAACUGUUCUCUAUACAUUUCCUAAGGUGCUGACAAGGAGAAUUUGUUCAACAAUCAAGAGUUUUUUCAGUUGCUGAUCGAUUCCUUAAUUCACGGGACCCUAUGUGUGAUUCAGGGGUGAUGUUGUAAGGAGAAACUAGGUGCUUUUUACUCUCAGGAGUUUAAGAGUUAAAUAGAUUUUACUACGCCAAACUUAGUAAGUUAUGCAAGACCUCCGAUCUCGACAGCUCAGUGGUGGCGGAGUUAGAAGAGUCUUGUGCAUUGGUAUAAGUGAGAUUGCCCUCGGUAUUCUUAAAAGUUUAUUCUCCCUUGGGGUUCGCGAGUGUAACAAUUAUAUUUUCAAAAGGUCUCCAUUCGCUGCAGAUACAUUGUAACUAUUUUUGUAAUGAGAUUGCAAUCAAUGAUGCAAGGUCUCGAAAGGUACACGUGGGUGAAGGUUGGCGUGGGGGGACGGAGGGGAAGAAUCUGGCCUGGAAGGACUUGGUUCUAAAAAGUAGUAAUUUAUCAUGAUAUAAUAUCCCAUAUGUAAAUAAAUUUAAAAACGCCGAUAUUGGAUUCUUUCGCCCUUCUCGUUUUUGUCCCGUGUACGCUCUCACAGUUUAGGAUAGAAAUCAACGUAAAAAAUGCGAGUAAGGUUUCGCGAGUUUAAUUUCACGGUGUGGUUCAUGCGAAGAGGGUUCUGUACUUCGCAGCCCUUCUGAUAAAUCAUCUGGUGACACCUGGUUGAUGUAAGAUACGUAUCAUAACUUCACUAUGUGAUUACCAUUUUACGUUUCAUUCAUAAAUAUUUUCCUGAAAUUUUAUCGUAAUAUUACAACAAUUCUUAUUAUAUAUCAAAGUAAUCAAUAGAAAUCGAUAUAUUCUGUGGCAUGUUCAUCCGCUGACCCUCUUCAACUCGUUUUUAAGUUGAUGAUAACUGACCAGUGACUCUGUUUCUGGAAAGAACCACACAGAGAGAAAAACCAAAAAAAAAAA